AUGAAACGGACCCGCAGCGACCAGAGCCUUGCCGGGGCGUGCUGCGCCGACGGCGGCGGCGGCCAGCUGGCUGACGUCACAGCGUGGUUUGCGCCGCAGGGCCGCGUCAGCGGGAGCAGCGGCAGCGGGGACGACCUCGUCGGCGGCGCACACAUACAAGGGCAGGCGCACGCCGUGGCGGCCGCGGCGCUGGCGGGUCGCUUGCCGCCGCAGCUGGGGGGCUGGCUGGCCACCCUGCCAGCGGUGCUCAGCGACCACGGCAGCAGCAGCAACAGCCUCGUCAGCCUGGAGUCUGACCUGGCGCGCUCCUCCGCGUCCCAGCCUGCGCUGCAGCAGCUGGUUGCUAGCGGGCAGCAGCAGCGGCAGCAGCCGUCCAGCGGCGGCGUGAGCCAUGUGCAGACGAUUGGCAUGGCAGCCGGUUUCGCAAGUCAUGCGCUCGAUUGUGGCGACGAAGGCGCGCCAGGCAGCAGGGCGCCGCCUGCGCAGCCGGACGCGGGCCGCCCGCGCUCGGACACCGUCGCCGGGGGCAGCGGGGAACAGUUGGUGAUCACCUCCUCUGUGGUAACAUCCCGUGCAUGCACGCCACCGCCGCUGAUUUCGCCCGCGGGGCCUGCCCGCGCGCCCGCGCUGAGCGAGUUCGGCGCCGCCGGCACGGGCUGGGGCAUGACUGUGACCUCUCUGCGUCCGGUGCGCUGCUCGGCGGCGCCCUCUGCCGCCGCGGCUGCCCCGGUAACUUGCGUUGCUCUCGAUGCGGGGGCGCGGCGAAGCGGCAGUCCAGCCGUGGGCAAGAGCGCCUGCACAGCUUCCAUUGGUCAGGAGCAGGCCCUGCCAAGCUGGGGCCUGGGGGGCAGCAACGCGCCACAGGCCUUUGCUGCCGCCGCGGCGUUUGGCGGCGGCGCGGGGAUGGGAGCCAUGGGCGGCGGCUGGGGCCAGGCGGGCGGCGGGCGGGGGCGCGCCGGCGCCUGUGGCGGCGCGCACUUCGCCCCGGCCAUGCAGGCCUUUGCCGCUCCCGCAGCCGGCGGCCCGCAGCCCGUGCCCGCGAUCUUCGGCCGCCCUUCCGCCUCUGAGCAGCCUUGCCGUGCCGCAAACUCUGUACCAAGCGCGGCGGCGCCAACGAUGCCCGACGCUGGCGGCGCCGCCGCCGCCGGCGACGGCUGGGAUUUUGCGCGCCGCUCCGCGCAGCAGCGCGCCGCGGGCAAGGCGUCCGGCGCCAACUCAACGGGGCGGCGCCGCAGCUCCAUCGAGCAGUCGAUGCCGUGGCGCGCGAAGCUCGAGGACGCCAUCGCGGCCGCCGCCUCGGACGGCGAGGCCGCGGCUGGCUGCGGCGGCGCGGGCGCGGGCGCGGGCGGGGCGCCGGGGCAGCUUGCGGCGCUGGGGGGCUUGGACGUUGUGCUCGACGCGUCUGCCGGCGGCGCAGGGGGGCCGCAGGAGAUAUACGUGCCCGGAGGCGCCCUGAGCCCUGAGGCUGUCGCGGAGCGCCCGGGCCAGCGCAGCAGCACGGAGAGCGAGCCCGGCAGCGCGGGCGGCCGGGGCAGCUGCGGGGAGCGCCUCGGCGGCGGCGGCGCCGCCGCCGCCGCGCUGCGCGGCCGCAACACCAGCAGCAGCGGCAGCGAGCGGCGGUCCGGCGACGAGUCGCCGGGCGGCAGCGGCAGCGCGAGCGGCAGCGGGAGCGGCAGCGCCAGCAGCGGCGCGGGCGGGCCGCGGCUGGGCAAGGCGCGCCAGCAGAGCGGCAACAGCUGCGGGUCGGGGUACUACUCCCGCCAGAACGCGGGCGACGCCGCGCUGGAGCUGUUUGUGCGCCUCAACCGCGCCCGCCAGACGCUCGCCACCAAACUCCAAACCAGCAUCAUGUCCUGA